CCGGCUCCGCGGUUGGCGGGCUGCACGCGCGUCCAGCUUGCGCUCGCGCUGUUUUCGGCAGGGGGCGGGGUUUGUUUUCAGAGCGGACCUGAGAGACAAGAUGGCGACCGCAGGGAUCGCCGAACACCGAGCCAGUCCGGCCGGCACCGCCGCGGACGCCUCCCGGUCAGGGCCCGGCGCCGCCGGAGCCACCAGGUGCCGCUCCGGGUCCGGCACGCCGGAGAAGUGCUCAGCCUGCUCGGAGAGCCGGUCUGGGUCCGGCCCGGCCUGUCUCCGGUGCCCGGCCCGGAGAGUCCGGGGCAGAGAGGAGCGAAUCCGGAGAAGAAGUGACUCCGAGAGGAGCAGCGGCAGAGCGGGAAAGAGGGACGCCGAGAGCCGGAGAGAGGUCUUCGUCUGUCCGACGCUCCUCCCCAAGCCUGCAGACGCACCUUCAUGUCCAGCGGGGAAACACAAGCUGCUGGCGUCCGACGACCGAGACGAGGCGAGGAGGUGGAGCGCUCUGAUGGGGAAGGACGAACCCGGGUCGGUCCGGCGCGGCGUGGACCCGGUGAGUCUGACGGAACCGCGGUGUCCGCCUGUGGUGCUGCGGUUCUGCUCACCCGCUGCUGUGCCCCAGGGAGUUCUGUCGGACUCGGAGAACGAGGAGCCGAUCAGCAGGAGGAUCAGGAACAUCUCUGCGUUCAUCAGGAAGACCAAAAACUCCUCGGCUGUCAGCAGUGUUUCUCAGAGGAGCCGGAGCUGCACCGACCCCAUGGAGGACCGGGGAGGGAAGGUGAAGGUCGUCGUCCCGCCGGCGGCCGUGAUGGAGCAGGUGGGAAUCAGCCACAGCUCGGCGGCUGGAAUCCUGCUGUCGUCGGAGAACAGCCGCUCCGUGUCGGCUCCCAUCACGGCGCCCGACCGCAGGCUCACCUGGCGGGCGGUCCUCACGUCCUCGGCCCCGCUGAGCCUGCCGCCGCCGCCGCCCCGCGCCGAGCGCUCCAUCAGCCCCGAGAGCAACGACAGCAUCUCCGAGGAGCUCAACCACUUCAAGCCCAUCGUCUGCUCGCCGUGCACGCCGCCCAAGCGGCUGCCGGACGGCCGCCUGGUGGAGCCCACCGUCGUCAAGGCAACGCCCCGCAACCUGAGCCGCAGCCUGCACAAGGCCACCAGCUACGAGGCCAGUCCCGCCGUCCUGCAGAAGUGGCGGCAGAUCGAGCUGGACCGGCAGGGCCUGAACGUCAGCUCCCGCGCCACGCUCACCAGCCCGGUGUCUGAGCCCGGCAAGCCCGACGGAGGGGGCGGAGCCUCCAAGGCGCAUCAGCACCGCGGCGCCGUGGCGUUGUCCAACAGGAGGCGGCUGCUGUUCGAGCCUCCGGACACGGACGCCUUCCAGAAGCAGUCCGUGACCAUCCGGGUCCCCGCCGUGCGCUACGGCUGCGCCACCGCCCUGAGGGGGCGCUCGGACUUUGAGCCGGAAGGCGUCACGCCGGAGCCCUGCGGCGGGCCGGCGCCGCUCGCCCAGAAACGGUCGCUGUCGCCGCGCAACAACUCCGGGUUCCAGCCCGGAAAAUUGGUGCCAAAGGACUCGGCGAGUCCCAGGAAGGACUGGGACGGCGGCGUCCACCACCAGGCUACCUCAAGGAGGGGCAAGAAGAGGAACCAGAAGACCAAACACCUGGACCUGGACCUGAAGAGGAGCCGGGCCGGCGUCCAGCAGGGGGCGCCGUGUCCCGUCCAGCAGGAGCAGCAGGACAGGGCCCUGGCCCUCAAACUGCAGAGACAGUUCGACCUGGAGAUCCGCAGAACCAGCCCCGACAGGUACUUCCUGCGCUCCUGGAGGUCCUCCCAGAACCGCAGGAGGCGGAGCCUGAGGACGUCCCGGCGAAUCAGCAAGAAGCUCUGAAGGCGAGCCGGGCUCAGCUUCCAGUAACUCAGAUAUGCAAAGAGACCAAAGGACAGUUUUCAGGCGUGGAACGUUUUCUUCCAAACACCAGCAGAGCACCAAAAACCAACGGAGCUGUGAGCAGAACCUGAACAGAACCUCCUGAUUCUGGUUGGCCUUCCGGAUCAACGGGUUCAGGUCCUCUGCUCCACAGAGACAGAACGGCUUUGAUGACCAUCAAGCUGCUGGUUACUGAUAAUCAGCCCAUCGGUUCUGGAGAUGCUCCGGGCCAAUCAGGUUCUGACCUCAGUGUCAUGACCACACCUGGAAGCAGGUGAACAGGUGACGGUUUCAGCUGCUCACAGCAUCAUCCGGCUGACUCCAUAUUUAUCUGUGUAUUUAUUGACGAGUCAGCGUCCCCUCACAGACCUCACAGCCAAUCAGAGCGCAGCAGAGCGCUGCCCGUUGGAUGUGGGCGUGAUGGGGGUCCCGGCCUCGCUACGGACCCAGACCCGGUUCUGAUUCUGUGACGGACGCGCUGCAGCGGGGCAGGUAGACCUCCUGGUAGCCUUCAGCGGAUGAAUCGAUGCGUCUCUGACAUAAAUUCAUGAUUAACUGCAUUUAAUGAGCUGCACCGCAUCCUGGUCAGAAGGCUCCUUUCUGUACAUCAUGUAAACGAAGAACUGUGCAGGAAUGAAAUAAACGGCAUAAAACAGGAA